AUGAAACAUCGGACCAUCCAAAAUAGGUUGGUAGACAACCAGAACUGGGGUAUGGACAAGGGACUAAGCCCAGAAUGUGCUGAAGAGGACACCUGCGACCUGGACAACCUGGACCAAAGUAUUCCCGGAGGAUUUCCAUCCAAAGCACAUUUUCGGCCAUCGCACCCAGACGAAGACGUGAGGCUUGGGAGUCAUGUGACGGUUCUACCACGACCUGGCGACGAGGAUGACGUAGAUCCGGGUCGAGAUCCGGGUCGUGGCCCUGCUCUCCCUCGCGACGGAAUGCCUGGCAUACCUGGAAUUAUUCUAACGCCGACCAACCCAGGGGAGAUUUCUCCGUCUGGUCCCCGUGAGGCUAUAUUCACCGUGGAGAGUGGGACUGCUAUUUCGGGCGGCAGAAGACCGAAUGGAAAUCAAGUUCCUUCCGACAAUACGCGACCCAGCAUAGCAGCAGUGACCACGGAUGUCGUCGCUUAUAGAGGAGACAGCAUCAUCCUGCGAUGCAUUGUCAGGAACUACAACAGUGACAAGGUGUCGUGGCUGAGGAUUCAGGGUAGGAGCACAGAGCUGCUGUCUGUCGGGCCCGUGCUGACGACGUUCGACCAGCGCUUCAGCGUGAGCAUGGAGGGACCGCAGCGAGAGAGACACUACAUCCUGCGGCUUGACAGAAUCCUGCUCAGCGACAGCGCCACCUAUCGCUGCCUGGUGCCGACACGGCCUGCGAUCCACGCCAGCGUUCCCGUCACCGUUCUCACCACCCGGCCGUCACUCUCCGGCGGUCCGGCCGUCGUCGACGAAUCGACGAAAAGCGGACCUUUUUACGAGGAGAACCUCCCCGGCGGCGGCGUCGCCAACGUGCCCGGACUCGUCACGACCGGCGACGGCGACGAUGACGAUAUCGCCAACAUGCUGGCGAAGAUCGGCGAUAGUUCGGAGCUGCUCCUGCCGGGCGGGCCUGGCGACGUGUUCCGCGGCUCCGACAUGGUGGAAGACAACGAGGAACUGGGGAUGGACAAAGACCUUUCCCGAAUGGUGGAAGGCCAACCGGAACUGGGGAUGGACAGGAACCUUUCUCAAAUAGUGGAAGACAACCAGGAACUGGGGAUGGACAAGGAUCUUUACCGAAUGGUAGAAGGCCAACUGGAACUGGGGAUGGACAAGGACCUUUCCCGAAUGGUGGAAGGCAACCAGGAACUGGAGAUGGACAGGGCCUUUUCCCGAAUGGUGGAAGACAACCAGGAACUGGGAAUGGACAAGGAUCUUUCCCGAAUGGUAGAAGGCCAACCGGAACUGGGGAUGGACAAGGAUCUUUCCCGAAUGGUGGAAGGCAACCAGGAACUGGAGAUGGACAGGGACUUUUCCCGAAUGGUGGAAGGUCAACAGGAGCUGGGGAUGGACAGCGACCUUUCCAGAAUGGUGGAAAGCAACCAGAAACUGGGGAUGGACAGGGACCGUUGCCGAAUGGUGGUAGACAACCAGGAACUGAUGAAGGGCGGGGACCUUUCCAGAAUGGUGGAAGACAACCAGGAACUGGGGAUGGACAGGGACCAUUCCAGAAUGGUGGUAGACAACCAGGAACUGGGGAUGGACAAGGACUAA